AUUCAUGUAAAGAUACAAUUUAUCAAAAAUAAAAUACAUAACUCCUGCACAUAUAGAUACAAUUUAUCAAAAAUGAAAUACAAAAACCCUGCGAGGACAUACAUGUAUAGGAAAAUAAAAUACAAAACUCCUGCACAUACAAGUACUUGUAUAGAUACAAUUUAUCUAAAAAAAAAAAAAAAAAAAAACCUAACCAAUUUCUCCAUUGCGAAUUCAAACUCCUAAAUGGGGGAGGGGAGGCAAAAGAAGCAUCUGCAUUUAAAUGUAACCUUAGUGAGUAACUCUUUUAUUUGUUCGUGUGUUUCAUUUUAAGUCCCCAAAGUGUCAAAAGUUGAUGUAAAAGUACGUCUACAAAUGUUUUGGUCCAUCAAAGAAAGAAGUUUUUCUUCCCGUUCAGAUAAAAAAAUCUCCAUCCAUCAACGUUUCUUCCUUUUCCCUCCCAGAGUCCGGUGAUUUAUUACCUGAAAUAAGGUGAUUAUUUAAUUAACAUUUUUAUGUUGUCUAUUAAUAAGCGAUGAGGGAUGCCCCUAGAUGAAUGAUAAGUACACACGCGCUGAGGAAGGUGAAAUACUUUUUCUGGUACUCUCGAGAUCUGAAAUUGUCCACUUGGAUUAACAACAGACUGAAUUACUACAGUAAUGAUUAGUACCUGGAUUUUUCUCUGUGGCGCUUUGUUCUGUAUAGGAUCCGUGGACACUCUAGGAUUUCAUCACAGUAUAAAUCUCAGUAUUAGGCCCAUCCGUCCAGACUGCUCCGUGCCGGAAGUGGGAUCGACACCGUUCUAUUAUGGCUUCAACAAUCUAGCUUGCAUCUACCUUACAAGGAUGGGAAAACAUCGUCGGAAACGUUCAAUUCAGCUUCCGGUCCACAACUUUGCCCAUAGCUUUAUCUAUUACAAGGGCUGGUUCUCCGAGUUUGGCACCAAGAAAACGACUCUUCGCCGACAGAGCCCGCGAUACCCACAAUGCCGUCCCCAGCUCAACGUUCGGCCUGCCGGCUUCUCCAAACUACCUUUUGAUUGUCUGAGAAGAUGCGCCUCCAAGUAUCAUUCUGUGUUUGGAAAUUAUCACCUGUUUAAAAACAAUUGCCAUUAUUUCUCGAACCGGAUGAUGGAGCUGUUGUGUCACGAAGUAACGUGUCCUCCAUGGUGUUUAUGACUGUUUGUAAAUUCUUCUUUAUUAAAGACAGGAAAUGAAAGAAACUUA